CUUUUAUAAUCAUUCAUUUCUGCUCGUCAUUGACUCGACUCUCUAUAAAGUACGUCCAUCCACUGACCGUCUUCUCUUUUCAUGUUCCUUGUCUCUUUUCUUAUUGCAAGCCAGUGGCCGGUGAGUUAGGCCGUCGGGUGGGAGUUACUACUAUGGGGGGCGGGAGGAGGAGCCGGGCUACGGUGUCGAUGGGCGGCGAGUACUUGGUGCUGCGACCGGAGAGAGCGACUGUGCUGGAUCUAAUAGCCAUGCUGCUUUCCAGCAUGAUUGACGCAAGGAAAUCGGUGGAUAGCUCCAAGCGGACGGAGCCCAGUUUUGCGCGCCGAUUCGUGAUAUUCGUGUCGGUGUUGGUGCAGAAGAUUCUGCUCUUCGUCGCCUGCCCCAUGUCCAGCUGCGGAUCUGCUCUGGAGAUGUGUCUCAACACUCUCUCCCUCAACGGCGGCCUUCGCGGUCUCCUCUUCAAAAUUUUUUGGGGGAAGGUGGCGAUACCAGACAGAACAUCAAGAGCUUUCUUAUCAGUGAAUGGAAAUCUAGACCCGCGAGUGGAUUUAGACAGCAACAUCAUCCCUGGAGAUGGUAGAUAUAAUGGAGCAGUUGCAAUAAUGGCUUCCAAAGCAGCAUAUGAGAACAAAGCCUACAUUGAAACCGCAGUUGCAGAUCACUGGAAGAUGAAAUUCGUGGAUUCUUAUGAUUUCUGGAAUGACUGUGUGGAUCAGUUUACAACCCGUGCCUUUGUCAUGCACAAUCCGAACUCCAACCCUGAAACCAUAAUUGUGUCCUUCAGAGGAACCCGACCGUUUGAUGCAUACGAAUGGUGUUCAGACUUCGAUAUCUCCUGGUAUGAGAUCCCUGGUGUGGGAAGAGUCCAUGCUGGAUUCAUGGAAGCUCUGGGAAUGCAAAAAAAGGGGGGGUUGCCUAAGGAACUCGAACAAGAAAAGAAGCAGCUGCCCGUGGCCUACUACUUCCUCCGGAAGGAGCUGAAAGAGCUUCUGCAGGAGAAGGAAGGAGCAAAGUUUGUAGUGACGGGUCACAGCUUGGGUGGAGCACUGGCAAUUCUGUUUCCGGCAAUUCUGGCGGUGCACAAGGAGGAGUGGCUGCUGGAGAGAUUGGAAGGGGUUUAUACCUUUGGGCAGCCAAGGGUGGGGGAUGAGCAAUUUGCACUUUUUGUGACAGGGAAGUUGAAGGAGUAUGGGGUGAAGUAUAAUAGGUAUGUUUAUUGCAAUGACAUGGUGCCCAGGUUGCCUGCUGACGAUUCUGCUCUUCUGUUCAAACAUUUUGGGACAUGCCUCUACUUCAAUAGCCUCUAUCAAGGGAAGAUUUGUGAAACAGCACCAAACAGGAAUUACUUCUCGCCGCUGGCAUUGAUAUCGAUGAUCCUGAACGCAGUGUGGGAGAUAAUAAGAAGCUUCUUCAUUUCAAUUAUCUUGGGACCAAACUACAGAGAAGGGUGGUUUCUCAGAUUCUAUAGGAUGUCUGGAUUGCUAAUCCCAGGUUUACCAGAUCAUGCUCCCCAAGAUUAUGAUAAUUCUACCCGGUUGGCUGUACUACCCUUUUGAGACCGAUCCUCACAUUGCCAAUGUUUCAAAGUUCUUGAGUUUAUGGUGAUCUUGGCAUCAUAGCAAGACUGCCAGUUUGAGCAUAAUUUGCGUUCUUUAAAGUAUUCAGCCAUAGUUACCAGAUGAUUUAAAUGUUUAUAAACAAGUUUCAGUUGCUAGUAACUGAUAAAAGGAAUAGAAAGAAACAAUACUACUAAACAAA